CCAAGUGAGGCACCAGACACCAACUUUGUCAUCUCUUAACUUGACGGCACUCUUCUCAUUUUCUGUUGGCUGUUUUGUUUCUGGCUCUGCAUAAAUAAUAACGAAGUCCUGGUUCUACUUCUCGGUCUCAAGAUCAUCAGCAUAUGGCGACGACGGAGAUGAAUGGAGAAUUGUUAGCUCACAAGCAACCGCCGGAGCAGUCGACGGCGCUGGAGUUCAAGGGAACUCGAGGCUCAUUAUUUCAUACGGUCCUGGCGCUGAUAUUUUGGCUUGGCUCGGUUCACUUCAAUGCCCUUAUCGUCUUCGCCUCCUUCAUCUUCCUUCCAUUCUCCAAAGCCCUCGCGGUAAUUGGAUUGCUGGUGAUAUUUAUGGUGCUUCCUAUUGAUGAGAGGAGCAACUGGGGACGAAAAUUAGCUAGGUAUAUAUGUAAGCAUGCUUGCGGUUACUUUCCGGUUUGUUUGUAUGUGGAGGACUAUAAAGCCUUUGAUCCUAAUCAGGCUUACGUUUUUGGCUAUGAGCCGCAUUCUGUUUGGCCAAUUGGGGUUGUUGCACUUGCUGACCUUACAGGUUUUAUGCCUCUCCCCAAGAUCAAGGUUCUUGCAAGUACUGCUGUUUUCUAUACACCAUUCCUGAGGCAUAUAUGGACAUGGUUGGGACUUGCGCCAGCAACGAGGAGAAACUUUCUUUCCCUUUUGGCAUCUGGCUAUAGCUGCAUCAUAGUGCCGGGUGGAGUUCAAGAGGCAUUCCGCAUGGAGCAUGGUUCAGAGAUUGCCUUUAUUAAGUCAAGGAGAGGAUUUGUACGGAUAGCUAUGGAGUCGGGCAAACCUUUAGUUCCAGUUUUUUGCUUUGGGCAGAGAGAGGUCUACAGGUGGUUGAAGCCCAGUGGCAAGUUGUUCUUGGAAUUUUCUAGAGCUAUAAAAUUCACCCCUAUUGUUUUCUGGGGUGUCCUUGGGUCUCCUAUGCCCUUGAGGCAUCCAUUGCAUGUUGUUGUUGGAAAACCAAUUGAAGUCAAGAAAAAUCCACAACCUACUGCGGAAGAGGUUGCGGCAGUACAUGGCCAGUUUGUUGAAGCACUUAGAGAUCUCUUUGAGAGGCAUAAAGAAAGGGUUGGUUAUGCUGAUCUUCAGUUGCAAAUUCUUUGAGGAAAACCUUGUAUCCAUGCACUUCAGGGAUAUAGAGAUUGCUAUCCCUGUGUUCGGUGUGCAUUACUUCCAGGUGCGUUUGAAGAAUCCAAUAUACGCUUAAGAAAUUGAAAGAUAGGGAGAAAGAAACUCCAGUUAAGGACCCAGGAGCCUCUCCAGACAUCUCAUCUCUGAUCUUUGAAUGCUCUUUUCCUUGGAAAUGCACAAAGAAAACCAGAUAUCCCUGAUAGGUUUACCAGAAGCAUUAAAAAUGCAUGUAAGCUUUGUACUGGAACUGAUGUACAGAAUAUAUUUUGAAGUUAUCUAAUCAAUGAACUGGUGCCCAAAAGGGAAAUACACACA